AAUAACCAGACAGACUAGAUCUGUCCCCGUCUCUCUCUCGCUCUGCUUAAAUUCUUCGCCUUUUCUCUAAUUUUCUCGGAAAAAGCUCAAAACACACCAACAAUGGCGUCCGAGAACAACGACACUCACGGAUCCAAAUCCACCACCACCAACGGCGGCGAAGCCCCGGAGCGUAAGAUUGCCCUGAUUACGGGAAUCACGGGUCAAGACGGGUCGUACCUGACGGAAUUUCUCCUCGACAAGGGUUACGAGGUCCAUGGCUUGAUCAGAAGGUCUUCCAACUUCAACACCCAGCGGAUCAAUCACAUCUACAUCGAUCCGCACAAUGCACACAAGGCUCGGAUGAAGCUCCACUAUGCUGAUCUCACUGACGCCUCCUCACUCCGCAGUUGGCUCGACAUUAUUCGUCCCGACGAGGUUUACAACCUCGCGGCCCAAUCGCACGUCGCCGUUUCGUUCGAGAUCCCGGACUACACCGCCGACGUCGUCGCCACCGGCGCACUCCGUCUCCUCGAGGCCGUCCGAUCUCACAUCUCCGCUACUGGAAGAUCUCACAUCCGGUACUACCAGGCUGGAUCGUCGGAGAUGUUUGGAGCCACUCCUCCGCCUCAGAGCGAAACGACGCCGUUCCACCCUCGAUCCCCUUACGCCGCGUCCAAAUGCGCCGCUCAUUGGUACACCGUCAAUUACAGGGAAGCUUACGGGAUCUACGCCUGUAAUGGGAUCCUAUUCAACCACGAAUCUCCGAGGCGUGGGGAGAAUUUCGUCACGCGCAAGAUCACGCGCGCCGUUGGCCGGAUCAAGAUCGGGCUCCAGAACAAGCUGUUCUUGGGGAAUCUCCAGGCUUCGAGGGAUUGGGGUUUCGCCGGAGACUAUGUUGAGGCCAUGUGGAUGAUGCUGCAGCAGGAGAAGCCCGACGAUUACGUGGUGGCCACCGAGGACUCGCAUACGGUGGAGGAGUUCUUGGAAGUGGCAUUUGGGAAUGUGGGUUUGAACUGGAGAGACCAUGUCGUGAUUGACAAGCGGUAUUUCAGGCCAGCCGAGGUUGAUAAUCUCAAAGGUGAUGCUUCAAAGGCCAAGAAAGUUCUUGGGUGGAAACCCAAAGUGGGAUUUGAGCAACUGGUGAAGAUGAUGGUGGAUGAAGAUAUUGAGUUAGCUAAGAGGGAGAAGGUCCUCGUUGAUGCUGGUUACAUGGAUGCCCAGCAACAACCAUGAUCAUCUUCAUUCGUAUCUCUCUCUCUCAAUCUUUUUUGUAUUGGUUUCAAAUGGUACCUAAGUUGAUUGAUGAUAUUACUAGAUUUUUCCCCUUUUCAUUACAAUGUCGUUCCAUGAAAUGGUUCUUAAGAGCAAAUAUAGUUUGAUUCGAGUAAUUUAAUAUUUAUCAUAUCUUGUCAGUUCCAUUCUUUAAUGUUACUCAACUUAAUUCGUUGGAUUUAGCAAUUUUAUUAUGUUUGAUGUUUACUAGUUUGUAUUAGAUAUGAGGAUCAAUAAUAUGAACUCAAUUCAAUUUU